UCGUUCGAGGGAAACGAAAGUAUUCGGCUCCAAUGACUUACACUGAACAUUUAAUGUCAAAAGAAUACGUGCAUUUUCAUAAUUUGAUUGCUGGUUGUCGUGGAUAGCCUCUCACGGACUGUAGACUUAACAUUCAUCCGGUGAAGAAGUGUUCCUAGCUGUUCGUGUUAUUGUACAGUGGUACAGGCGAACUGUUAUGAUGUGUCAAUAAGUUUAAAGGAGGAGGCAGCUUGGGAUGAGAGGGCCCUGGCAUUUGUGUUGGAUAUCAGAGUUUCUUAUAUUUUAUAGGUCAUCAUCAUCGCAUGACAAAGCCUGACUGACAGAUUCAUCUUCAUCUCAGAUACAGCAUUGCCAUUGUCUCUUGUCUUAAGCUCGACGGUGCCAUGAAAGGCGGAGGAAGAGUUAAGGAGCCGCCAGUGGAAGGAGAGGUCUGCGGCAAACGCCCCAAGCGCAAGUGUCUACAGUGGCACCCACUACUCUCAAAGAAGGCACUGGACUUCUCAGAGGAGGAAGAGGAGGAGGACGAAGAGGAACUGGAAAAGGAGACACAGCUAUGCAGAGAGACCCGGGGUCCAGAGGUGCAGUGUGGUGGCCCUAUCGAGGGGGAGGAAGACCCAUCGGAACAGCGGGCCCGUCGACCCAUGAACGCCUUCCUCCUCUUCUGCAAACGCCACCGCUCUCUGGUGCGACAGAAACAUCCACGUCUUGACAACCGUGGGGCCACCAAAAUUCUGGCUGACUGGUGGGCUGUUCUGGAACCUAACGAAAAGCAGAAAUACACUGACAUGGCCAAAGAGUACAAGGAUGCGUUCAUGAAGGCUAACCCGGGCUACAAAUGGUGCCCCACUACCAACAAGCCAGUGAAGAGCCAAUCCUGCCACCCCGUCAGUAAUUCCCGUAAAAAAGUGUGGACCUUCCCAUCUAACUCCACCAAGGACUGUGCCGCAGCCAAAAAAAUGCCCAAGACUGAGAGCAUACCACAGCUUAAUUUUGCCAUGGCAGAUCCUACGAAGAUGGGGGGCCUAAGCAUGCUACUAUUGGCUGGGGAACAUGCCCUCACUGCCAGAGAGAUUUCCUCUGGCUCCUCACUGUCUGGAGGCACAGACACCGCUAAGCAUCCUGGGAAAUCCUCCUUCUUCCAUCUUGCUGAAAUCUCUUCCAGUACUCCUCAGCCCAUUUUAGCAGACACAGCAGGAGAGGUCAAGCCCAUCUGGGGGGACAGGGACAAAUUGUCAUCUGGGACCUCUCUGGAGAGAGUGCCUGAUGUAGCAAAAAGCAGGAGCGAGUCCCCUGCUUUCCAACUUGUGGAGGUCUCCUCCGAGUCUUCCCAGUCUGUAGUAGCAGAGGGAAAGCAGUGUGGGCAGUCCGCUCUCUUCCAGCUUGCUGAGAUGUGUUUGGCCUCCGAAGCCGGGAAGAUGGAGGCUGUGGCCUCCCAGCCUCAAGAUGAGACUCCUCCCACCCCACAGGUCAAAACUGAAACAGUGGUUAAGGAGAACGCAGAGAAUACUCUCGCUCUAUCCUCCUCUCUUCCUCCCUUCUCUUCCAUUUCAUCCUCCUCUACUACAAAAUACUCCAUUCCCCUGUCGUUUAAAAGCCAAACCACAAAUGUCAAAAAGAAGAGGAAGAAGAAAGAGGGCCCUAAUGACGAACCCAAAAUAGCAGACAAAGACAAGAGUCCUGCCCCGCCCAAAAAGAUGCUAAAAAAAUGCCAGUCGUCUGAGUCAGCACUGGAUAGCGUGUUCUAUACUAUCGAGGCUGUGGCCAAAGGGGCCUGGAGAGAGACCGAGACAACUUCCAAAAAGAAGGCCUGCACUGCCAACGGUGAACGAGCCAGCCUGGGUGAACCUGGCUCGCCAAAAAAAAAGACCAAACCCAAAGACAAGAUUCCUCUCAAAGAGAACGAGGAGGAUGAGAUGGAGGUGGCGGAGCACAAAGGGGAGUGUGGCCACUCAACGUCAGCUGUGGAGGUAAUGAAGGUGCAACCGAAGCCAGUCUCCCCCAAGAGAGAGGAGGAGGAGGAGGAAGCCUGUAUCAGAAGCACAGACACCCUAGGAGGCACGAUGGAGACUCCCAAUCCUUCAAGCCCCCCACACGCCAAGCUCAAAGAUGAGGUAAGAGAGAGAGAGAGGGAUGCUGAGGCCAGCGCAGAGGGUUGUGGCUCAAGGAAGUCGGAGCGGAGCUGCAAGGGGGCCCUCUACAAGACACUGGUGUCUGAAGGAAUGCUGACCUCACUGAGGGCCAAUGUAGACCGAGGUAAAAGAGGCUCUUUUCGGGGAGGUGCAUCUGACCAUGAUGGAGGCUGGACUGAUGAGACCUGGGCUUUCUCUCAGACGGGAACUAAUAACCCCAAGAAGCUGAAGAAGUCAAAAUCUAAAGAUGAGCCAGCACCAGGCCUCGGGAAACUUGAGGAAGAGUUUGAGAAGAAAUUCAAUAGCUUGCCGCAAUAUAGCCCUCUGACAUUCGAUAAAAAAAGCACAGGUGUCGCUAAGAAGAAAAAGAUUGACAGUGGCACUGUACCAGAGGAGUCCCCAAAACCCGGGAAGGGUUCAUCUCCAUCUCAGAAAAAGACCUCAUUCCACAAGAUUGUUAGCAAGUACAAGCACAAAAAGGAGAAGCCCAGUACUGUGGAAAAAGUGAUGAUUGGGAGUGAAUCCACCGUGUCAGACCCACUGACCAAGCCCAAGCCUGGUGUCCCUUGUCCAGCUAUGUGCCCGGAAACCCAGGGCAACAGCAGCUCAGAGAUGCUUGUGGGCAGCCAGAAGAGAAAGGCCAGGAAGAGCAAAAUCACCCACCUGGUGCGCACAGCGGACGGCAGGGUGUCCCCGGCUGAGGAGGACAAAGUAAGAGAGCUGAACCAGGAACAGGAUGAUAAGCCAUUACUCCAAGAGACCUUAUGCAAUGAGAGGAGGAGCCAGAGCACCCCAGGACAAGAGGACAUGAGCAUCGGGCCCGAAGACCUACCCACCUUCUUCAGUCUUGCCGCCCUGGCUGAAGUGGCCGCCAUGGAAAACCUUCACAGGGGCCAGCGUAGCGACGGCAAGAAGAAAGACAUAGCCCAAACCCCAGUGCUCAUCUCCUGUGCUGACCAGUGAAGUGGAAUCAGCCCCUUAUUGCAGAGAAAGAGCAACAAAAUGGACGCUUGUGAGUGCGCACUUAACGGUCCUUGAAAUUCUAACCCCUGUCCUGAAGGGUGGUUGGAACGUGGAAUAUCGGACAGGCUCCAGCCCUUCCCUUCUAAGAUGAAUUUGCUUGAGCUUUGGUCAGAGUGGGAAAGAGACCCCCUUACUUAUCACCCAGCCCACCGUCUCAGUGUUCCUCCUCCUAACCCCUCCUUAGAUAGGAGAAGGGUGCCUUUCUCCUCUCUUCUCUAGAUGCUAUGUAGACUCUAGAGGAUCUUGUAGAAGAACCGAGCAGUCUCCCAGUGCAUGGCUUUCCUUUGUAGAGGUGGUUGUGAGUAAGUUAAAAAGCUUAUCUUCUUUGUCAGAUCAAUUUGCUAGUAAGGUCAAGUUUUCUAAACAAAUUUAGCAUUUGAGAAGGAGCAAAACACCUAUACACAUUCCUUCUACUCGCAAGAGAACAUAAUUUUCAGUCUGAGACACGUAGAAAUCCCCAUCACCAAUAAUACCUCUAACGUUACGAUUAAUCUAAUUGUGUGGCUUCCUUGCACUCCUACAUGCUCAAACUGAAACUAACUUAAGUCAGGGUAAAUUAUCCAUUUAGACGGACAGACUUACCCACUACCCGGACACCUUGCUUGUUUUUAAACAUGGUACAUGUGAUUUUGGUGUAGCCUGUUUGAAGAGAUGCAGCUGACCUAUCUUAAACCAUGUAAUCCUGUCAGAAAUUAAUGACUUCAGCAUCUUCAAGUAUUUCAGAUUUCUCCAUAACUGUCUACAUUCCCACUUUAUAGGAACUGUUACAGUAGUUUGCAGAACCCACUUAAUGAAAAAGAUUGUCACAAUGAGUUAUAUAGCUAUUCACAUCAGUUUGCAGGCUAUACAUUCUUUUUCCCCCAUUUCUCAGUAGUGUUUUUAAUUGUCUGUCUUAAGUUGUCAGUGAAAGCUGGCGGUUGGUCCACUUAAAUGUGGUUAAGUCUUGCUAGUUUCUGACAACAUUGAUGGUUCUCUAUGCUGUAUAGCCUUAACCUUUCAAACACCACAACCUUUACCAACUGUAACGCAACUUUCCCUAGACCAACCUCCUCCUGACAGUCAUCACACAUACCUUUGACACGGUUACAUCAGUUUGAAUAUACUUGAAUGAUGAAAUGCAUUGUUGUGUCAAUACUUUAGCAGUCUGCGUAGCAUCUGUGAGGCUAAGUCAAAUGUGUGCUAAUAGUUUCCUUGGGUAGGUGAUUUUGAACACAGACACUGCACUAAUUUUUAGCUGAAGUAGAAGAAGCUUUUUCUAAGUAGGAUCAUUAUGUUUCCUUUAGUUUAAUUUCUUGGCGGCCUUUGAGAUUCUUAUGCCAAGUAAAUAGUCCACUCUUACGCAAUCAGCAUAAAUCAAUGUUUGUGAUUUGAAAUGAUUCGUGAAAUCAGUCCUGGCUUUUAAUGCGUCAACAUUGUUUUUCCUAUUUUUUCAUUUGCGUGUUCUUCUAACCCAAAAAUGGAACAGGCUUACUUUCAUUCCGUUCUCAGAUGGAUAUAUAUAUAAUAUAAGUACAUUACAGUCAUUCCUUUGUUUACAGUGUGUAAACUGUAGAGAUAGAGGAAAGCGCUAAGCUGUUUAAAGCUUAAAAAUGCAUUUUCUGGUUCUGAUAGAAAGAAGCAUCCUUGGACUAUCAACUCCACAAGGGCAAACUCUUUUAAUAAGUCUGUUUGAAGAUAGUCCCCACCAAUAGGUCCUCUAGGAAGUUGCCAUGAUGCUACAACUAGUCUUUUCUUAGGUAGACAACUUUUUUUUUUUUUUACUUUUUUCUUGGAUACAAUAGUGCUUUUUCUCCUGUUGUCUUUGAGUUGAUCGUGAUAUUUUUUAGCUGUAUUUAAUUAUCCUUCUCUUAAAAAUGUAAUGUGCAUUAUGAUGUUGAUUUUAUCUUAUGAUUUAUUUUUCUUUGCUUCCCAAUCUCAGUGGUCUUUCCUGAGGUCAGGUUUAAUGGAUUUAAGACUGUUGUAAAGGAAAAAAAAGAAUGCUCAUACAAAAAAGGAUGCAUCUAUGCUUACCUGUUUCGCAAAUAGGCAGUGAGACAUAAUGCAGCGCUUUUAGAGAAGUAGCUGAAUUUUCAGAAUCUGGGAGUUAGUGACUGCAUUGUCCUCUCUUGGGUUGUUGUCUGUGUGCUUCCCGGGCCCAAAGUAGAAAGUAAGAGGCUAUACUAGCUCAUCCCCAUCCUAAAUGUCCAAUGGAAGCUCCAUCCAAAGGGUGGUUAUGCUCAAUAAUGAAAUAUUUCCAUAUAUCUGAUUUGACAUGCAGGUGUCAUCAGGAAAAAUAAUUAUGCCAGUCUGUGUUUUGAUUGGUUAACAGGUGUGCCUCUUAUAUAAGCAUGUGAUAAAGGGAGCAGGGUAUGAUAAAUGAAGCAGGAUGUGAUAAAUGAAGCAGGAUGUGAUAAAUGAACAAGCCAAGUCAGUUCUCUUAAACGCUUAUAAUGACCACUAUCUAGUGUGUUGAAUUCAGAUGCCCUGAAGGUGUAAUUUCUAGGUUUGCUCCAACCUUUACUGAGAUGGGCCACUAUGGUGACCACUCAAGGCACACCUGUUAAACAAUAUCAUCUAUCAGUAAUACUAUUAUUGUGAUACUGGCUGCCAACAUUAUGAAGACUGGCUUUUUCCUACAUAGGUUUUAUGUGCUCAGGCACAAUUGCAGGCAUAAGACUAUUUAAACCUUAUCCCUUAUUAGCUAAUUAAUUGAAGAAAUCAGAUGUCAGACCUUGAACUUUAAAAGAAAAAAGAUUACAAUAUUAGCUAUAUAUUUUUCCCCAGAUAAGAGAUGUUAAAUAUAGGCUGAGUUCAUCCAAGCAGUAUCUAUAGUUAUUGCACUGAUGGACAUCAGUGUAGUUAUUUUAUAGAUGCUGUGCCCCCCUCUCCCCUCCAAAAAGAGUGGAAGUCUACGUGCUUGUAACAAGUGACUUCACAGACAUUUGCCAAAGAAAAGGGAAAGUUGUCUUUAAAUGGAAAUUAUAUUGAAAAAGAAAGUUGUCAUAGCAGUUGCACUGCAUUUGCUCUGUUCUUCAGGUAACAAAUGUAUUAUAUCAGCACAACAAAUCCUAUGUAUUCUAUGGGUUUCCUUGGUCCGAACCCAGAGUGGAAACGGUCUACAUGUACCGGCACAUUUUAAUGCCUCUUUUAAUAGACAAUAUUUGCACCUUACAAGCCAACCAAAAUUCUAUCAUGAUUUUGAAAAUGUGAUUUGUAUCCUGCCCUCCCCUGCCUAACUCAUCUCAAGAGCUUUAAAGCCUUCCUCCAUAUCAUGAAGUCAAUUUUAACAAUUGUGCAGGUAUUCAACCAUUGUUCUAUGAAAUUCAACCUUUGUAUUUUGACUAAUUUGAUCCAUUUCAAAUGAAGUCUAAUACAAACCCCAUUGAAGUUAUCACCUUCCACCUUUUCUAUCUAUAAGAUGCCUCUACAAAGCUCAAAUUCCUAUUUAAGCUAUUGGAAGAAAAAAAACUACAGAUAAAAAUACCCUUUUGUGCUAGUACUGUCUCUUGAAUGUAAUCAAUUUUGUACCUGUAUUUUUAUAAUUCCAACUCAGUCUUGAUUGUACUGUAUAUGUAUGGAUGGUAGACUGUUCCCACAUGUGAAUGGUUUGCUAUAACCAAUGGUCCUCACGAUGAGACGGCUGCUUUUGCUGUGAACUCUGUGGAGGUUUACGGAGUUGUAUGUAUGUUAGACUGACCGAUGAGAUUUUAUUUUUGGUUUUCCAGUGGAGGAGACGAUAUUGUCCCUUUUUUUCUUUUCUUUGCAGUGAAAUGGAGCUCAGUUUAGGAUGGUGAAACCAGGGACACUGCUGCAAUUACACAGGACAAUUGCCAAACACUCUGUAUUCAGAUUAUUUAUUACAUUUUCCUUCUUUUUUAUAGAUGUAUCUUUUAGUCAAAGAAGAAAAAUAUAAACUGAAUAUGCACCCAUUCAAAAAUUACUAUAUAACUCUAUCUUCCCUUUAUUGGAAUGUUGAUCAUGGCUCCUUUGGGUUUUGUGAAGAGGUUAUGCCAGAUCUCAUAAAGACAGUUAUGACAGAUCUCUCUGACAGUUUGUAUAACGUGUGCUCGGUUCUGAUUCAUGUUAAUAGUACUGUAUCAUGACAUGUUUGGUUUUUGAUUGUUACAACCUAGUUGUUUAAUGCAGCCUUGCCUUACCGGAGCCCCUGCUUAGUGAGGGAUCCUUUAGCCAUCCCCCCUUUCACCGACUUGUAUGUCAUAACACUGUCUGCUGAUGCAAUUAUUAUUCCUUUAACACUGUCUGCUGACUUAACUAUUAUUCCUUGAAAUAUUAAAGUAACCUAUAUUAAUGUU